AUGGAAGGAGCUGCAGAGGUAGCCGAAAAGCAAUCGGGUUCUAUGGCUGUCAGCGAGACCAAAGAGGUCAUUGAGAUCUCCGAACUUCAACGUCCUGGUAUCGGAUCACGACAGGCCACAUCUGCGGCACCAUCAAUCGCUGCAGCCCCUUUCACAUCUUCGUAUUGUUGUGGUCUCGAACAAUCGCAUAGUCACGACGGCUCAGGGAAACCCCGGCCGAGAUCGUCUUCUUCGCAGUCAUCCAGCUCCAGAUCCCCAACACUGCACGAGGUGUCCAGUACUUUAGCCACCGCUAGUCGGGUGUCCACCGAUGCAUAUGGCAAUACUUAUCCUGAAGGCGGCAAGGAGGCGUGGUUAUGUGUGUUUGGCUCUUUCUGCGGCUUGAUGAGCGCCCUAGGAAUGAUGAACACCUUGGGAACAUACCAGGCCUACCUUUCCACGCACCAACUUCGAAACAUGAGUGAGAGCACCAUUGGCUGGAUAUUCGGCAUCUACGCCUUCCUCUCCUUUGUCCUUGGUAUACAGAUUGGGCCUGUCUUCGAUGCCAAAGGGCCUCGCUGGUUGGUAUUUGCUGGAUCUGUUUUCAUGCUCGCAUCUCACCUCCUGAUGGGGGUGUGCACCGAGUACUGGCACUUCCUCCUUGUGAUUGGUGUCGUCGGUGGGCUGGGGACUUCUUUGGUCUUCACGCCCGCCAUUGCCGCAAUUGGCCACUUCUUCCUGAGGAAAAGAGGCCAGACUACGGGGCUUGCUGCGGCUGGGGGGUCGAUGGGCGGGAUCCUGUUCCCACUGACCCUCCAGGCUCUGUUUCCCAAGAUUGGCUGGGCGUGGUCGACUCGAGUCUGCGCGUUGAUCAAUCUGGUGCUUCUCAUCUUUGCGAAUCUGUUCAUCAGAUCACGCCUCCCGCCACGCAAGGCCACCAAGGAAAACAUUCUCCCCGACUUCCGCAUUUUCAGAGAUCCGGUCUUCGCGUUGACCACAGCAGGCGUCUUUUUUGUCGAAUGGGGUCUUUUCGUCCCACUUACCUAUCUUAGCAGUUAUGCUCUGAGCCACGGCGUGUCGACCUCAUUCUCGUAUCAGAUUAUUGCCAUAUUGAAUGUCGGCUCAUGCUUUGGUCGAUAUUUUCCCGGGUUUGUGGCCGACAAAUUUGGCCGGUUCAACGCCAUGGUUGUGACCAUCUUUCUGUGCCUGAUAUCUACAUUGGCGUUCUGGCUCCCGGCCAAUGGUUCCAUCGCGUUGAUCAUCGUCUAUGCGCUGAUCUUUGGAUUCGCGUCGGGUUCGGGAAUUUCGCUGACUCCCGUCUGCGUGGGCCAGCUAUGCAAAGUCGAGAACUAUGGACGGUAUUACGCCACCUGCUAUACCCUCGUGUCCUUUGGAUCCUUGACCGGCAUUCCAAUUGCGGGACAAUUGGUGACGGCGUGCAAGGGAGAAUACUGGGGAUUGAUUGCCUUUACGAGUUGUGCUUAUGCGGCGUCAUUGACCAUGUUGACGGCGGCAAGAGUGGUGGGGGCCGGGUGGAGUGUAAAGGUUGUAUAUUGA